AUGUUGAUCGAGGAGCAGUCAGCCGAACAGGAACGACUACUUCUCUCGGUGCUUCCAGAGCAUGUUGCAGUUAAAAUGCGACAAGAUUUGGGAUCUACCAACUCGGAGCAAUUCAAGAAAAUCUACAUGAGCAGACACGAAAAUGUCAGUAUACUCUAUGCAGACAUCGUUGGAUUUACCGCAAUUUCAUCCACCUAUUCCGCUCAGGAUUUGGUGAAAAUAUUGAAUGAACUCUUCGCGCGUUUCGACCGGCUAGCAGAGAAAUACCAGCAAUUAAGGAUAAAAAUUCUGGGUGACUGCUACUACUGCAUUAGUGGUGCCCCCGUCGAGCGUCCGGAUCAUGCUGUUCUUUGUGUCCACAUGGGGCUGUCCAUGGUGAAAGCCAUCAAGUACGUUCAACAGAAGACCAACUCUCCGGUCGACAUGAGGGUGGGCAUCCACACGGGAGCCGUGCUAGCGGGAAUUCUCGGUCAGCGCCAGUGGCAGUUCGAUGUCUACUCCAAGGACGUUGAGCUGGCUAAUAAAAUGGAAUCAAGCGGAAAAGCUGGGCGAGUUCACCUUUCGGAGAAAACGCUGAACUUUCUGAACGGAGAGUUCGAAGUGGAGCCCGCCUUCGGUGAGAAACGGGAGGAAGCAUUGCGGAUAGCAGGACUUAAAACUUUCUUCAUCACCAAGGUGGUUAAACCGUUUUGUCCCGCCGAACACCGGAUGAACGGUUCGGCUGAUCCGAAGGACGUUGUUAUAGAAGCGGAUGGGCCUUCGGAAAUAUUCCGUGACGAGGAAGACUCCAAGACUCCGGCCAGUGCUGAAUCCAACACCACGCUGGACGAGAAAUCGACCCAGGAUAGCGUAACCGAGGAUUACAAGAUACGACUUCGAAAGGAAUUGGUGAGCCGUGACGGUCACCAGGAAAUCUACAAGGACAUCAACUGGCUGCUCCGGUUUAAAGAUGAUGAAAUCGAGAGGUCCUAUGCAUCGUACCGCCAGCCGCACAGUUCCAUCCCACUGCUGGCAGCGCUCGUUGUCCAGCUCGUCGGAAUCUUAUUUUCCAUCUUGGUUCUUCCACGAACGUCGCUUCACUUCGAAGUCGUAAUACCGCCGCUGGUGAUCAUUACCAUCCUGGUGUUUCUGUCGGUGGCGGAAAGCUUUCCCGGGAUUCUACCGGCGUUCGUCACGUUGAAUAGUAAACGUUUCAACGACUAUGUCGGCCUACGCAAAUCAACGGCAAUCAUAAUCGUGCUUCUCAUAGGAAUAUCAAAUGCCAGCGACAUGCUGGCAGCAUCCGGCAGAACCCCAUUGCACCUUAACGUCACCAACGCGUCGUUUCUGUCCACGGAAAUGCACCCGUCAUCUAUCUGUCUGUAUCCGUCGUAUUUCAGCAAUUUUGCUGUGCUCAUUCUGAUGGCCAUUUCCAUCAUCACGCAGUUGUCGCAUCUCAUCAAAAUCUUGCUGAUGGUCAUUGUUACUGCCACCCAUUGCUACAUAAACAUAUUUCAUCUAGACGAAGCAUUCCGGAACGAGGAUUUCGAAAUAUCUAAUGUGUUCCCGCUGAGAUACACACUUUCCGCUCUGCUGGUUGCGGUAACGGUUGCCUUGUCCCUGCUGGCUCGACAUAUCGACAAGGUCGACCGGGUAAUCUUUAUGUGGAAGACGGAAGUCAGCGACCAGAAGGAACGGGCCAGUGACAUGCGACGACGAAACGAAGCGCUGGUGUACAAUGUACUUCCGAUGCAUGUAGCCGAGCACUUUAUGGGCAAUCGUAAGCGGUCCCACGACGAUCUGUAUUCCCAAAGCUACGCCGAGGUGGGAGUUUUGUUUGCCAGCAUGCCCAACUUUUCAGACUUUUACUCGGAGGAAACUGUUAACAAUCAAGGGCUUGAGUGUUUGCGAUUUCUGAAUGAAGUGAUAUCGGAUUUCGAUGCGCUGCUGGAGUUGCCCCAGUUUCAAGACAUCAUCAAAAUUAAGACAAUCGGAUCGACCUACAUGGCAGCUAGUGGACUCAAUCCAACGCGAAUUGUGAAACCGGACGAUUCCAUUUCGGUGCGCUGGGCACACUUGGCUUUAUUGGUGGAGUUUGCACUGGAACUGAAAAAAGCCCUACAGGGCAUCAACGAACAAUCAUUCAAUCAUUUUGUACUGAAAAUGGGUGUUAAUCACGGGCCAAUUACGGCCGGUGUCAUCGGCGCCCGGAAGCCACACUACGACAUUUGGGGCAAUACAGUCAACGUUGCAUCUCGCAUGGAAAGUACCGGAAAAGCAGGAGCGAUACAGGUAACGGAAGAAACGUGUCAGAUUCUACAAACCUUUGGGUACACAUUUGAGCAACGGGGUCUAGUUGCGGUGAAAGGCAAAGGCCAGCUGAUGACGUAUUACCUGCAGGGUAAAAUGCAAAAAAACGCUUCCCCGAUUCUUCCGGUCACUACGAUGGAAACCGUGCAGGAAGUUGAAGAACCAAAAGAGUCCCCUCAAGCACUUCCGGUCGAAUCUCCCGCUCAUCAAAUCAAUUCCGUUUCCUCCAGCACAACCAGCCCAAACAGUGUGCGCCUAAAUCAGGAAUACGUAGAGAUGAAAGUGAGUAGUACAUCGAACAUGUUAAUCGUUAACGAACAUAACCACCAGCAUUUGCAACAACAGACUACCAGUGGUAGUACCACCGCAACUAGUAUUGAAUCGAAGGGUGGAAGUGAAGCUAAACCAUUAGUUAAUGGUGAAGCAGAGGACAUGGACGUGAAAACGCCACUCCUAGACGAUAAGAAUAGCACAAAUGCCAAUCACUUUAGCGAAAGCGAGAAGGAUGCACUUCUAGAGAACAGCAAUUAA